AUGAGCGCCCAGAUUGGUUUUCACGAUUUAAAGAGUGAUGGAUUGGUGAUUACAGCUCAACAGAAAAGGUUCUAUGAAAGAGAAGGCUAUCUUGUCAUCAAGAAAGUCCUCUCUCAACAUGACAUCGAUAUAUUCACGAAUCGAUUCAAGGAGAUCUGUCAAAUGAAAGAUGUCCCGGCUACAAUGACCGUCAUGCGAGAUUUCGCUAUCAAUAGAAGCGAAUACGUUCCCGGAGAGAAAGCGAUCAUGAAACUUCAAGAUUUCGGCGAUGAUCCAGUCCUCUUCAGCUUUUGUCAACAUCCAGAAAUCGUUUCCAUUGUUCGAGAUCUUAUUGGAACGAGAAACGCGAAUUUAUUGGCCAUGCACACAAUGUUGAUCAAUAAACCACCGGAUACUGGUUCUCAACUUUCUCGCCACCCACUGCAUCAAGACCAACAAUACUUCCCAUUUGGCCCAUCUGAUGCCAUUGUUUGUGCAUGGACUGCUAUGGAAACUGUAAACCGAGCAAAUGGAUGCCUCGUUGUUGUGCCUGGCACUCACAAAGGACCCGUUCAUCCACAUGAGUACCCGAAAUGGGAGGGAGGAGUCAAUCCACUCUAUCACGGAAUCCAGGACUUUGAUCCAAAUAUGCCAAGACUUCAUUUGGAAAUGCAGGCUGGCGACACUGUAUUCUUUCAUCCGAUUCUAAUUCACGGAUCUGGAACGAAUAGAACCACAGGUUUCCGAAAAGCGAUCUCCUGCCAUUUCGCCAAUGAUGAUAUUUGUCGCUAUCAGCCAAUCACUCAAGGACAGAGCAACACAGCAAACGAGAUUGUGGACACGGCACAAAGAGUGUUGAAGAAAUUUGGAAUCGAUGAUGCUGAUGCGAAAGAAGCGAUUCCUGAUCUGGAGGGAGUUUGGCGAAUGAAAGCAAAAGCCGUGAGCGGAGUGAGGAACCAUCUU